AUGGCUCCGGUUUUGGGGUUGGGGAUGUUGGGAUUUGGUGUUGGCGGUGGCGGUGGGCUGUUGAAUAAGGAAAAAGAGGAGAGAGGAGAGGAGAGGAAAGAAAAAGAAAAUCAGAAGAAGUGGGGGAAAAAAGAAAGAAAGAGAGAAAAGAAGAGGGAAGUGAGAAGGAAAGCUAAACAGAGAAAGGGAAAUAAGAAAUGA